AUGAAGCGAGUGUACGGACUCAUUGGGGUAUCGGCUUUGUUUCUGAGACAGGAUGCUGUUGCGUCAUCUGGAUUCAACAAGCCAUCCGCCAGCAUUAGCCUACCAUUUGAUGCCAAGGGCGAUGUAGAAAUAUCACACAAUGAAGCAACCAUUGAAAAACCAACAAAUUCAUCGAUCUCAAGCCCAUUGUCGGAAGAUCCUUUAGACCUAAUCAAACCAGAAAAACGGUCGAAAAAAGAAACGGCUGAGAAAAAGAAACCGACAACUUCCAAAACUGCACAAUCAUCAGGGUCAUCAUCAUCAUCAUCCAAAUCUUCUUCAACGCUCAGACGAAUAAAGAAGGAGUACGAAGAUGCUGUAAACAUGGGAAUAUGCUAUGACUGGGCCAAACAAAAGCUGGUCAAGCAGAAGAAAGGUGCAACUGUGAAUGAUCAAGAGUAUCGGAAACUCAUAUGUGUUGGACCAUUGGUUUCCAAUCUGCGACAUUGGCACUUCUCAUUUCGUGGAUGUGGGAUUUAUGAACGCGGUAUAUACCAUGGGCGUAUCAUUCUACCUAAGGACUAUCCAGCCUCACCACCACGAGUGCAGCUUUGGACACCCAGUGGGCGUUUCGUCCCUCAGCAUGAUAUUUGUUUGUCUGCUUCUUCCUACCAUCCAGAGUCUUGGACACCACGGUGGACGAUACUGGCUAUAAUACAAGCACUUCGAUUGCACAUGCUCACCAACCCGCAAGAGAUUGGCGGGAAGCUCAGCUCGCUAAAUGAAACGUUGGAUUAUGCAAAAGAGAGUCUAAAAUGGUGGGCAAAGUUCAAUGCUGGCAAACAUGAAAUAGAAAUAAAUCAUGAGAUCUUGCUACAGCAGGAGGUCUUAUCAUUCCCAGAGCCUGAUGGGGAAACGAGAGUCGAUGAGUCCACCAAUAAUGUUCCAGUUGGUGAAACAACAAAAACUGACAUCGAGGCAGUCGAGAUCGAGCUUGAAAAGGAACCCACCAGUCCUCAAGCUUUCGAACCCAAAUCUUCGAAGCGAUCACAGUCAAAGAAGAAAAACCGAAAAUCAAAGAAACAAGGCGAAAGGGGCAGUGCAGUCAUUCACGAAACUGCCAGAAUGAAUGAACUUGCAACUAGCAAUCCAGUUCUCGCAUUAUUGUCGAAAGUGAUUGGCUCACCGUUUCGAAUUGCCUUAUUUUCGCUACUACUCUUCUUCUGGGUAGUUUCCUCUAGCACCACAUAA